CAAUAAGAUUCCGAGACGAGAAUGAAAGUCUGUCGAGACGAACAAUUAGUCUAACUAGCAAAAGACCAUCGAAUCAUCAUGUGAGCCGAUAAGUGGUAUAGACGAGAGCUUGAGCCAACAUUAAAGCUCCGUGGCGCUGUGGAGAUUACGGAUACCGGCCUCUCUUUCUCAGAUCGCACAUCAAUUCCGCCCAUGACUGCGACCGAGUACUGCACUGCAAUCCAGCGCUAGACGAGAAACUCGAGAGGAAUCAUGUCUCCCGGAAUGUCCUGUUCAGGCGACAACAACUGCUGUUCCAGCGCGACCCCAUCACGGACAGCAUCUACCCACCAGCCCCUGGAUCACACCGGAUAUCCGACCGCCACCGACACCGCUAAUACCGUGUUCAUCGUAAUCGACAUCUGCUACCCGAGUGGGCCUGACUUCUCCGCCGGGAAGGGCAUCGCGACGACAGACUCGGUGCACAGCACGCGAAAUGCAGCCAACGCGCGGGCGAAGAAGAUCAUCUACGAAUGUGGGUCCUGCAAGGUUGACGUUGACAAGAUUAUCGAGGAGGUGAGGAAUGGCCUGUAUACUGGGAUUGGGGUUGGAGGGGAUGACGAGGCGAUCCACGGGCGGUGCUAUGCGCGCAAGUGUGAGGUUGAGAGGUGGUCUGUGGAUGUGGAUGAGGAUGAGGAUAAGGAUAGUGUGAGGUCUGUCGACGUCGAUAUGGGGUGAGAGGAAGAUGUGAGAGGUGGUGGCUUCGGUGGGUUGGGAGGCUGAAGAGUUGAGACAGUGGGAAGAUGGGUAUGGAGGGAUGUAACGUCCACACCGAGCCAACCCAGGAAGCCGAUUUCUGGAAGCACGAUCGUCUCACCGUCCAAGACAGACGGAUACACGACUUCUCGGGG